UUCUCUUCUAUGUCAUCUUGCAAUCAGAUUCUCCUCAUCCCAUAACAUAAAGCAAUAUAAUCAUUUUAUAAUGUUCAAUAGCAUAAAACUCAUGCUUUGAUUUCUGAUCUACAUUCCUCAAGCGAUGGUGUGGCCAAUUCGUGAAUCACUAUGCAUUACAGGCUCAAGAAUUGUUACUUCAGUUCUUCGAUCAAACUCACGUUACCCAAGAUUUAUGAAUUGGAUAAAAACUGAAGGUUGCUAUGCAACAUCAUUAACUUCAUUCAAGGAGAAACAACAAGAGGAUCAUGGUUAUGAAAAUAAAGGUGUUGAUGUAAGGAAUAUGGCUGAAAUUAAUGGCUACAUGAAUUUAUUUGGUUUGAUGAAACAAAGGUUCUUAAAUUUCAAGAACCAAAAAUACAUAAAAGAAUUGGAGCAUUAUCAAUCUCUUGCUAAAGCUCAAUAUCCAAAGUUUAUGGUAAUUGCUUGUGCAGAUUCAAGGGUAUGCCCCUCUAACAUAUUAGGAUUUCAACCUGGUGAAGUCUUUAUGAUACGCAACAUCGCCAAUCUUGUUCCUAUGAUGAAGAAUGGACCAUCGGAGUGUAAUGCUGCGCUUGAAUUUGCAGUAACUACUCUCCAGGUUGAGAAUAUAUUAGUCAUUGGUCAUAGUAGUUGUGCUGGGAUUGAAGCUCUGAUGAAUAUGCAAGACGAUACAAAACCAAGAAACUUCAUACAUAAUUGGGUUGCCAAUGGGAAAGUUGCCAAAUUGAAAACCGAAGCUGCCACAUCUCAUCUUAGCUUUGAUCAACAAUGCAGAUACUGUGAAAAGGAAUCUAUUAACCAAUCUCUGUUAAACUUGCUAAGUUAUCCAUGGAUAGAAGAUAGAGUGAAGAAGGAACUGCUUUCAAUUCAUGGUGGAUAUUAUGAUUUUUCCAAUUGUUCCUUUGAGAAAUGGACACUUGAUUUUAAAGAAUGUAAUGUUACAGAAGAAAAAAACAGUUAUGUUGUCAAAGAAAAAGAAUUCUGGUGCUGAGGGUAUAACUAUCAUCUUGGAUUUUUGUGAUUCUAUUCUAAAACUUAGCACAUAUUUCAAAAGCUUCUUUUCCACCGGACAUAUCAUGAAGUUCUAGAGGAACACUCUCGUAGUCAUGAGUAUCAGAGCAAAGCCUUUGUAAUGAGCACAUUUUGAAAGAAGCAAAGACUUGUGUAAACUAGACUCUGCAUGCAUGAUUAUGAUGAAAAAGGAUUAAACUCAAAUUAAGUUUCCUAUA